UUGGAGAUAAAGCAGCCAGUGAUUGGCAGAGCCGUGUAUAUGUCUGCCAUAGAGUUUUAGAGCUUACCACAGUCUAUGCAUCUCAACUACGAUAUUAACUGAAUUCACAUUUUCUUUCUCUACCAUUAAUAAGGACAAGAGAGAGGAUGGAAGCCAGCAACAACGAAAAGGGAAACUCAGCAGAAGAUAAAGCUCAGACCCUAAAUAUAAAUACGACACGGGAUACUGAUAUCCAACAAGGAGCCAUGGAUUCCCAGCCACCCUGCACAGUCAUUGUCCAAGGACAGCCUGCCACUUCUGCAGAGAACGGUGCACACAACCAUAACGUUGAAUCUGACCCUGUCCCAGAUAAGGAAAAUGCUAUUAAGCCAAAACUUCAGAUAACUUUCAGCACAUUUACUGUCAAGAAUGGUCAAGAUCUGAAAGUAGAGAUCCCAGUGGUUGGGCACCCAGAACCAAAGAUUGAAUGGCAAAGAGAUGGUCAAGCUGUCAAAGAGACAUCAAGGCUAGAGAUUUCAAAUACAUCAUCAUUAACUGUUCUUCAUAUCAGACAUGGUGCCAGGGAGCACUCUGGUCAAUACUCUAUCACAGCAAGCAACAGUGCUGGAACAUAUACAGGAGAAAUCACUGUGGUUGUUCUUGAAAAGCCGGACCCACCCACAGGCCCUGUGAGGAUUGAUGAGAUUAGUUCUGACUAUGUUAUCAUCUCCUGGGGGCCACCAGAAUAUACAGGAGGCUGUGACCUAGACAACUACAUAGUGGAGAAACGGGAAACUACAAAUACGGAAUGGCAGACUGUGUCAGCAACGACAGUAAGAACCACAAUCAAAGUCACUAAACUCAAGACAGGAAGUGAAUACCAGUUCAGAGUAUUGGCUGAAAAUAGGUAUGGAAAGAGUACUGCAAUCACCUCUCCGAUUGUAACUGCACAAUAUCCUUUUAGUGUGCCCACUGCUCCUGGCAGCCCCUUUGCAUCCACAGUGACAAAGUACAGCAUGGUGGUUGAAUGGGAGCCUCCAGCCAAAGAUGGAGGAAGCCCCAUCAUCGGCUAUCAUCUCGAACGCAAAGAGAAGAACAGCAUUUUAUGGACAAAGCUCAACAAACUUGUUAUACCUGACGCUCGCUUCAAAACAAGUGGACUAGAGGAAGGCAUUGAGUAUGAAUUCAGAGUCUUUGCUGAGAAUAUUGCUGGACUCAGCCCAUGUAGCAAGAUAUCUGAAUGCUAUGUGGCAAGAGACCCCUGUGAUCCACCUGGUAAACCUGAAGCUGUUGUCAUUACUAGAGACACCGUCACACUUCAGUGGGCAAAACCCAGCUAUGAUGGUGGAAGCACCAUUACAGGCUACAUUGUUGAAAAGAAGGAGCUCCCAGAUACCAGGUGGAUGAAGGCAAACUUCACUAAUGUUAUUGAGAAUCAGUUCACAGUCACAGGCCUGACAGGAGGCCAAAGUUAUGAGUUUAGAGUAACUGCUAAGAAUGGUGCUGGUGUUUGGAGCAUGCCUUCAGAAAGUGUAACCAUCAUCGCUCAAGAUGUUAUUGAAGGACCCACAGCAUUCAUGGAUCCUAAGUUCAAGAGUAUUACUGUUGUUCCGGCGGGUGAGACAUUCGUUAUUGAGGCUGAUUACUUUGGGAAGCCCCUCCCUGAAGUAACAUGGAUGAAAGAUGGAAAAGAAAUUGACAAAGUUACACCAAGAAUGGAAGUCAAAAACAGCCUCACUCAUACAACUUUGACCGUCAGGGACUGUACACGAGUGGAUGGGGGACACUUUCUCUUGAGCCUCAGUAAUAUUGGUGGAACUACAUCCAUCCCAGUUAAUGUGAAGGUCCUGGAUAGACCUGGUCCUCUAGAUGGACCUCUGAAGGUGAAAAUUGUCAGUGCAGAGAAGUGUAAUCUUCACUGGAACCCCCCUUUGAAUGAUGGUGGUGCCAGUGUUUCCCACUUCGUCAUUGAAAAAAGGGAGACCAGCCGUGUUACAUGGACAGCGGUUGAGCCUCAUGUGGAAGCCGUCAGUUAUAAAGUGACAAAACUUGUACCUGGUAAAGAAUAUAUAUUCAGAAUUGCUGCCGUGAAUAAAUUCGGUGUUGGUGAAUUUCUAGAAUCAGAACCCUUCAUUGCACAAAAUCCUUUUACAACACCUAGUGCACCUUCUACCCCGACAGCCAGCACUGUGACUGGCGACUCUAUAGUGCUAACAUGGGAAAGGCCUGAGACUGAUGGAGGUUCAGAGAUUGAUGGCUACAUCCUGGAGAAACGUGACAAAGAAGGUGUCAGGUGGACUAAAUGCAACAAGAGAAGACUAAAUGACUUGCGUUUCCGAUGCACAGCGCUCGCUGAGGGACAUUACUAUCAGUUUAGAGUAUUGGCGGAGAAUGCUGCUGGUGUGGGUGCACCCAGUGAGCCAAGUGAGUAUAUAAAAGUAUGUGAAGCUACUUACCCACCUGGUCCCCCUACCAAUCCCAAAGUAACAGACUAUUCCAGCAGUACUGUGUCUCUUACCUGGUCAAAGCCCAUCUAUGAUGGUGGAGCACCCAUCAGUGGAUUUGUUGUUGAGAUGAAAGAAGCAGCAGAGGAUGAAUGGAUCACAUGCUCACCGAGCACAGGUGUAGAGGACACAAACUUCACCGUGAAGAGACUGAGAGGAAAUGCAGAGUACAAUUUUCGUAUACGUGCGAUGAACACCGCUGGAGUUGGAGAGCAUGUGGAUCUGCCUGGGUCUGUGGUAGCUGCUGAAAAGCUGGAGGCACCUGAGAUUGAGUUAGACGCUACCUUGAGGAAGAUUGUUGGUGUUCGAGCCUGUUCCACAUUACGUCUCUUUGUCACCAUCAGAGGAAAGCCAGAGCCUGAGGUUAAAUGGUCAAAGGAAGGUGGAACUCUCAGUGAGCGUGCUCAGAUUGAGGUAACAAGCUCCUACACCGUGUUAUUGAUCGAGAAUGUCAAUAGAAAUGACACAGGAAAAUAUGUGUUGACUGCUAAGAACUACAGUGGUUCUAAAUCAGCAUUUAUCAAUGUCAGAGUCAUGGACUCUCCCAGUGCACCAACAAACUUAGAGGUGAAGGAUGUAAAGAGAGAUUCUGUAUCCAUCUCCUGGGAGGCACCUCUCAUUGACGGAGGAUCAAAGAUUUCGCACUACAUCAUUGAAAAGCGAGAGGAGGCUAGGAAGGCAUUCACAAGCAUCUGUAGCAACUGUGUGAGAAACUCAUAUAAGAUUGACAAUCUCCAGGAAGGAUGCUUCUAUUAUUUCCGUGUCCUGGCUGUUAAUGAGUUUGGCACUGGACUGCCAGCAGAGAUUGCUGAGGCAGUUAAAGUGUCUGAGGCUCCUCUGCCUCCUGGAAAAAUCACAUUCAGUGAUGCUACUUGCAAUAGUGGAAGACUCUCUUGGGAGAAGCCUGACCACGAUGGAGGAAGCAAAAUCACACGUUAUAUCGUAGAAAUGCAGGCUAAGGGAGAUGACACAUGGACAAUAUGUUCAGAGACUAGAGCACUGGAAGUGACUAUUAAUGGACUGGCUAGAGGAAAGGAGUAUUUCUUCAGAGUGAGUGCUGUGAAUGAAAAGGGAAAAAGUGAACCAAAGACCCUUUUGGCACCUGUUACAAUAAAUGAUACUAGUGCUGAGCCUGUUAUGAAUUUGCUGUCAAACACAUUCAGUGUGAAGGCAGGGAAUGAUUUAAAGAUUGAUGUUCCAUUCAAGGGUGUACCACAGCCAACAGUAGCCUGGAAAAAAGAGGGCAACCUGCUGAAAGAGACAAGCAGGGUAAAUGUGUACACAUCUGACACAUCAUCUCAGAUGAUUAUCAAAGACGCAACCAGAAUAGAUGCUGGAAUGUAUGAGGUGACCCUGGCCAACUCGGUUGGAAGCGCAUCUGCUGAAAUCUUUGUUAAUGUUUUUGAAAGACCUGGACCACCAUGUGACCUCAGUCUGGAUGAAGUGAGUGCUGACUUUAUGUCUUUGUCAUGGCAGCCCCCACAUUAUACUGGCGGGUGUCAAAUUAGUAAUUAUGUUGUUGAGAAGAGAGAUACAGGCAGCACGAUAUGGCAGACUGUGUCAGCUACAGUUGCCAGAACAUCAAUCAAAAUUUCCCGUCUGACACAGGGCAAUGAAUAUCAGUUUCGUAUUGCCGCAGAGAAUCGCUACGGCAGAAGCCACUUUGUUGAGUCUGAUCCUAUUGUCGCCCAGUAUCCCUUUAAGGCCCCUGGUCCACCAACCAAUCUCCUAGUUGUGAAUGCCUCAAAGUCUGUGAUGGUGGUUGCUUGGAGUAAGCCAGACAGCGAUGGUGGCAGCCCUAUUAUUGGUUAUCAUAUUGAAUGCAAAGAUCAAAGCAGUAUUUUGUGGACAAAGUUAAACAAAAACCCAGUGUCUGAAAACCAGUUUAAGGUGACAAGUGUUGAAGAAGGUCUGAUAUAUGAGUUCCGGGUUUGUGCUGAGAACAUGGCUGGUGUUGGACCAUGCAGUAAGACAUCUGAGCCUGUGGCAGCGAGAGACAAGUGUGAUCCCCCACGCAACCUCACAGUCACCAAUAUAACUAACAGCUCAGUUUCCCUCUCAUGGGACAAGCCAGAAUAUGAUGGUGGGGCUAAAAUAACUGGGUACAUUGUUGAGCGUAAAGAGCUUCCAGAUAGCUGCUGGCUUAAGUGCAACUUCACCAACUUACUGGACACCUUCUUGGAAGUGACUGGCCUCACAGAGGAUGAGCAGUAUGAUUUUCGUGUGAUUGCAAAAAAUUCAGCUGAGCUCUUCAGUGCCCCCUCUGAAACCACCGGACCUGUUACGGUGCAGCACGACGUAGAGCCACCCAAAAUUACCGUGGAGGACAAAUUUAGACAGGUGGUGGUUGUUAAAGCAGGAGACCUCCUAAGAAUAGAUGCUGAUAUCUCUGGACGCCCCAACCCUACAGUGUUUUGGUUGAAGAAUGGUAGAAAUAUUGGCACCAAGGGAAGGGUUGAAAUAACUGCAACAAAGACGCAUACCUCUCUACUUAUCAGAGAAAGUGUUAGGAAAGACUCUGGACAGUAUACUCUGACCCUACAGAAUACAGGUGGUACCAUAUCUAAGGCUAUCACCUGCAAGGUCCUGGACAGGCCCGGCCCACCUGCUGGACCACUGGAAGUUUCUGGACUCUCAGCAGAGAAAUGCACCCUGUCAUGGGGACCUCCUCAUGAGACCGGUGGGGCAGAGAUCAUGUACUACAUUGUUGAGAAGUGUGAAACCAGCCGUGUAGCUUGGAUCCUUGUCUACGGUGACAUGAUGGCAACUACUUGCAAAAUAACCAAGCUGCUCAAAGGAAACGAAUACCUGUUUAGGGUAAAGGCAGUGAAUAAGUAUGGGGAAGGUGAAACGUUGGAAAGUGAGCCUAUAAAGGCCGUGGAUCCCUUUACUAUCCCAUCUGCUCCAACAGAUGUUGAGGUCACAAGUGCAACCAGGGAUACAAUGACUAUCAGCUGGAAACGACCUGACACUGAUGGCGGCAGUCGCAUCAGUGGUUACAUUAUAGAGAAGAGGGAGAAGCAGGGUGUUCGUUGGGUUCGUGUCAAUAAGAAACCAGUGUAUGACCUACGAGUCAAGGCCUCCUGCCUACAUGAGGGAUGUGAGUAUGAAUUCAGAGUUUUUGCUGAGAACGCUGGUGGGCUAAGUGAACCAAGUCUCCCAUGCUCACUCACUCUGGCAGAGGAUCCAAAGUUUCUACCUUCCCCUCCAGCAAAACCCACCAUAAUCGAUUCAUCCAAGUCCUCCAUCACUCUGUCAUGGAACAAGCCGCUGUUUGAUGGUGGAGCAGCAGUGACUGGAUACAAAGUCGAAUUCAGGAAAUCAACAGAAGAAGACUGGACUGUUGGUGUCAAAAAUACAGAUAAAACUGAGUUUACAGUUAGUGGACUCACAUCGGGGACAGAAUAUGUGUUUAUUGUCAGAUCCAUAAACAAGAUUGGCAUGAGUGAGCCCAGUCCUGAAACAGAUCCUCAAGUGGCCAUGGAAAGAGAGGAGGAGCCCAGGUUUGACAUUACCGCUGAGAUGAGGAAGACCCUGCUUGUUAAAGAUGGCAGCUCCUUCACUUUGACUGUGCCUUUCACGGGCAAACCCGUUCCCAAUGUGACAUGGGACAAAGCAGACGUAGAUCUGAGAGUCAGAGGACUGAUCAACACCAGCAGCUCCGUCACCUCUAUCACACUGGAAGGGGCAACACGGGACGAUUCUGGCAAAUACAUAGUCAAACUGCAAAACGUUGCUGGGUCUGCCUCUUUGACACUGAAUGUGAGGGUUUUGGAUUCACCGGGUCCACCCACUCGUAUAGCAGUUAAAGACGUGACCAAGAGCUCUGCCACUGUUUCCUGGGACAUCCCUGAGAAUGAGGGUGGAGCCCCUGUCAAGAACUACCUUGUAGAUAUACGGGACAUCAGCAGAAAAGGGUGGACAAGACUCACUGACAAGUGCCGGCGACUGUCCUAUAGGGUGUCUGACCUGGAGGAGGGAGGAAUCUACUUCUUCAGAAUCACCGCUGAAAACGAGUACGGGAUUGGCGUUCCAGCUGAGACCAAGGAGGGAACGAAAAUGACAGAUAGAGACUGGGAGACAGAUUCAGGAGCAUAGCUCGUCUCCUUUGGAGCGCUGAAGUAAUCAUCUCCCGAUCUUCCUGUCAAGAGCCUCUAUUUCUCAUCUUCAUUAGUUGUUGUGCAGAAAAAUAGGUUACCAAAUGCUUUGUGAAUUUAUACAUUACCAGAAGCUGCAUUUUUGUAGAUAUAUGAUUAUAUUCCUUUUUUAUUGUUUGUAUAGUAAGCCUUACUGUUAUGACUUAUACUUUAUAGAAGACAAAUAUUAUUGAUGGCCUGAUUUCUUUUGAAAAAAAUAUGUUGUUUGCUGCAAAUAUACAAUAAAAUUAAGAUGAUUUGAACAGUUA